AUGCUUUCAGCCCUGCUGAACCUAGCCAAAAUCAUCUUUCCAGAACUCACCACCCCACAAAAGCGGGAGCCGGGGCUGGUCGAGGAGCUCCCGGUCCCCCCAUCCACAGCCCAGCAUCGGCCCCGGGGGACAGGGUCGGGCCGCCGCCCUCCUGCUCCUCCGGCUCCCCGAGGACCCAAUGGGGGAGGGGCGCUCGUUAACCAAAGGGAGAGGGAUGGGGUCCCUUUGCCGGUUAACCCGGGGAGCUUCGGGGUCAAAUGCGGCUUCCGAACGGCCCCGGGAAGAAGAAAAGGAGGUGGGGCGGGGGGGUGGGGUGGACAGAGAGGGUCCCAGGAGCUGCAGCGGGACCCGGGGAGGACCCCCUCCCGCAGGCCUCGCCCAGCCGUAACUCCCCACCCUCGGGGGGACGCUCGCCAGCGGCGGCGGGUCGGGGACCGGCACAGCCCCGGCCAGCCCUGCCCGAACGCGCGGGAGGCUGCCAGAAAGAGCCGAGAAGACGGAGGAGGCGUUACCGUGAACAGCUCCCGGAGCUGGCGGGGCUGGGUGGAAGGAGCCGACACCGGCUCCGGCCGCGGCUCCAGGUCGCACUCCGACUCGGGCUCCGGCUCCCGCUCCCAAGCGGCAGCGACGGCCGCGUCCUUUAUUUUUGCUGCAGCAGCGGCGACUUGUCAAAGGGAAAGACGUAAGAAGCGGCGGGCGAGUCUCGCGGGACUUGGACGGAACUCUCGCGCAGCCUGGAGCCCUAGCUCGCCUCCCCCUCCCCCUCCCCCCAGCCCCAGUCCUUCGGGUCCAGAUGGGGAGGGGAGGGAAGGAGGUGGAAGGCUGGGGAAAAGGCAGGAGGUAGAAGGGAACACAUUAUGAAGCCAAUUGAUCUGUUGUUUUGAAAUAACAGUUCCACUGGGGUCAUCAAGCAAAGAAAUCUGAUUAUUUUUAAAGGAAGCUAAGAACAUUAUUUCAAGAAGAGCGCUAUGGGUUUCACCCAAGACUACCAAAGAGAUUUGUGACACAAAUAAGAUUAAGGACUCCUGCUCUAAGCCUAGAAAUACUUCUGCCUCAGAGGUCUGGGAAGCUCGAGAUGGUAAGUUUUUUGAGUGCCUCAGAUAAAAAGAACCUAAUGAAAAAUAAAUAACUGUUCUUUUUGUGAUGUUUUAUAGGAACCAGUCACACAGUAUGUGACCUUUAGAUAUUCUUAGCAGGAUAUUGGCUCUCUGGUCUCUGAGCGAUUAGCUUCAAUGCAUCAACUUUCUAUAGAUCAUGACUUUGAUACAAAGGGAAAGGGGCUUCUUUUAUUCUCAUUCAACUUUUCUUCUCUCACUAUG